AGAAGGACAACGUGUAGGACAGCGGGAUGAAUAUGGUGCUACUAUAUCUGACGGAACAUUUGCUCUGCUGGUUAUGCUCUCGCCGAAACUCAACAAGUAUAUUGAAGAGGGGGGUAUCCAAUCUGGAGCGUUUCUGCAGAUCGAGUCGGUGAACAGGAAGACGGUAGCGGGCUACAGAUCAAUUACGGUCACCAGAGGAGUACCUGUUGGCACGCCCGGAGACAUCUGCGGAUCUCCAACAGAGAUCAGCCUUCGGGUAGGAGCGAUCGUUCCUACCGAUCCGGUAGUUGGCACAACGCCCCCCAGCUGCGCUCGUACUGCGAGUCGCACGAGUUUUAAACGUUCGAGCCCGUCGAAGAGCCAGUGCGCUACUCCUCUUGUGCCCAAGGAUCGGGCCGAUGGCGGACAUCUUCGUUCGAACGGCGGAUCGAAACAGCAACCCUCCGCGUCCCAAUCAGGAGGGGAAGGAAGAAGCGUGACGAUCAAGUCCAUCACCGCGUCGAAGGCUGUCGCCAAUGGUGGCCAGCCACAAGGCAGGCAAGCCUACGGCGGGCUGAACAAAAACAGCAAAGUAAUCAGCAUGCAUCCUCAUGCGAAGGUGUCUGUCCCAAACGUGAGCUCGAACAUACAGGCUUUGACUUCAUCCGAGUGCCAACCGAAGUCUUCAUCCGCCGCGACGGGGUUGUCCGCAGCCAACGGGCAAUCGCCUGCUUCUGCGAAUGCCGUCUCAACUGUCAAGACGACCCAACAUUUCAACUUGUCCAACUUCAUCACCGCCGUAGCCUUGGAACACGUGGAGCCCACUCGUAUUGCGUUCUCAGAGCUGAACGCAGGCCUACGCUUUGAUUGGAUGACAUAUGGACGCAUAUACGAGAUCAGCGGGCCCCAUCGCUGGAAAAACAAGACGAAGGAAGGCUUUGUUCUAACUUUGAAGAUUGUGGAUAAGGAUGGGAAUAAGAUGCUCGUCGGCUCGUUUGACCCCGUCGUGAUUGAACGCGUAAUGGCCGAGGCUGUUGUGGGAAAGGUGAUGAAACUAAGCAACGUGCGAGUCUGUCCAGUGAAGGAAGAAUUUCUCCAGCCGGACAUCUUGCCUUUGCAAAUGAUGUUGAAGUACAACUCCACUUUCUCCUUCCCAAAUUCUGACUUCGAGAUACCAGCAAUGCCCAUGCAAUUGACAGGCAUUCACCUGCUCCGUGGCCUGGAGUUCUAGUCCCGCGUGAACGUUCUGGGUGUGGUUCUGCAUGUAGGGCAGGUGGCUUCCUUUUCCAAGAAAAAGCGUGUCGCUGGUGAAGAAGCCGAAGGUGAUGAAGGAGAUGAUACGGCGGAACGCCGCCGCCUAGAAGUGCAGCCAGUGGACAGAUCGCUCUUCGUUGUCCGUUUGACUCUGUGGGAUCAAAAAGCAGACGACUUCAAGGCCAAGCGCGGGGACGUUUUGUUGCUGAAAAAAGUUGUUGUGGUGAAUCAUGGUGGUGUAAGCUUGAACGCUUACAAGUUCACCAAACUGGAUUUCGAACCCAAUAUUAGUGGGGUGACCGAGUUGAAGGACUGGUACAGCGCAUUGCCGGAAGAUCCUGGGUUGAAACACGUGUCUUCUGGUUACAGUGCUUCUGCUCGCCUACGGGACGGCAUUGUUCCGCGAUCAUCACCGUUAUCUAUCAAGGACGUGCUGGAGUCCAACCUCGGUCAUGGUGCGAGAGUUGAUACGUUCCACUUGGAAGAAGCGAUUACCGGUUUUGACCGUCAAACUCUUUACGAAGGAUGCCGGCACCCAGACUGCAACAGGGGCCUCGAAAAUCGUGAGCAUGCUUGUGGCAUCGCCAGUCAUACAGUUCAGUCGGAGGACGAUGGUGAAAAGCGUUGGUGCUGGUGAUGACGGUAGGGACGAAGGCCAAGGAAAUGCUCAAAAUCAUGGCCUUCUCGCCUGUGGCGGACGAAAUUCUGAAUGAAGCUCCAGAGGAAUUGGUGAAAAUGAGAGACAAUAACGAACGCGGGUAUGAGGCACUAUUAUCCUCCAAGCUUGGGACAAUCUACAGAUUCACUAUUCAAGCUCGCACUCGGCGCUGGAAGAAUGUUGACACCGGGAAGUUUUAUACGGAACUGCAGUAUUACGUCGUCGCCGCUCACCUGAAAGAGGAAGACGAGGAAGAACAGCCCGUGGAAGAGGUGGAGGAUGAGGGGGACGGGGAGGGGGAGGAGGAGAAUGCGGGGGCGAAAUGGACCUAUGAGUUCUGAGAAGAUUGUCUGCCCAUUAGUCUGCUACGAUAGAUUACGCUUAUGAUUGUACAACUAUGC